AUGGUAGUGGUGGUGAUGGUUGUGGCCGGUGGUGGCCGGCGGUGGUGGAUGGAGUUGAUGGUGGUCGGAAGUGUUGGUGAUCGGUGUGGUGGUUGCUAUGUGGUGGCCGGUGGUGGUGGUGGCCGGCGGUGGUGGUGGCCGGCAGUGGCGGUGGUGGUGGUGACCGGCGGUGGUGGUGGUGGCCGGCGUGUGACGGUGACCGGUGUUGGUGGUGACCGGAAUAGAUGGUGGUCGGAGUUGGCGGUGAUGGCCGGCGGUGGUGGCAGGCAGUGGUGGCCGGCGGUGGUGACCGGCGGUGGUGGCCAGCGGUGGUGGUUGCUACUGAAGGUAUUGAGGCAACAAGGACAAAUUGAGUAA